AUGACGCUGGGCAGCGAAAGCAGACCCGUACAGAUUUUGCUGGUAGAAGACAAUCCGGCUGAUGCCAGAUUGACCCAAGAGGCGAUCAGCGAGACUUCAUUUCAGUACCAACUCCACCUUGCCGAGGACGGCGAGGAAGCCAUGGAGUUCUUGCUGAAAGAGGGCGAGUAUGAAGACGCGCCGCGCCCCGACCUCAUCCUGCUUGACCUGAAUCUGCCGGGAAUGGACGGGCGCGAGGUCCUUGCAGAGGUGAAGGCGGAUGAGAGCUUAGGAAUGAUACCUGUUGUGGUGCUGACGACGUCGACCGCGCAGCAGGACCUACUCUAUUCAUACGGCCUUCGCGCCAACAGCUAUGUAAAUAAGCCAAUCGACAGAGUCAGAUUCAAUGUAAUGAUACAGAGCGUCCUGGACUACUGGAUCAACAUUUCGACGUUGCCCAGUGGUUAG